GUGAAAAUCGUUCUGUGUCAUAGUGGAUUAAUUCUAUGUUUAAUGUGGUUAAUAAUCUUUUUAUUCAGUGUCUAGUGCUAAAUUGGAUACUUAAGAAGAUGGAUAAACUAUGACGCAUCAGAGUCAUCAAACAAACGGAGCUAGUUUAGAGGAUUGCCACACAAACUUCUUUGCUCUGACGGAUCUAUGCGGCAUCAAAUGGCGUAAGCUGGUGUGGGGCGAGGCGGAGGCGGGUAAUUCCGUAGAACCGCUGGAUGACCCUGUGUUGUCUUCGUUCGCGCGAUGUCUCGCAGGGGACAUCCUAUGUGUAUGGAGGCGGGUGUCGGCGCCGGCCGCGUCUUCUGGUAUGUUCGACCCCUUGGGACUGCCGCAACCCCCGGCCCAUCCCUCGCACCCCCCGCUCUCCCUGUCCGCCGCCAAGGAGCUGUGGAUCUUCUGGUACGGCGAGGAACCCGACCUCACUAAUAUCGUCAGCCAGGAGUUGCUGGCUUCCGAAGGGGAUCAAGGUUCGUGGGAGAGUGGCCUGUCCUAUGAAUGUAGAUCACUUCUCUUCAAAGCUCUCCAUAAUCUCAUUGAAAGGUGUUUGCUGUCACGAGAUUUUGUUCGGUUGGGCAAAUGGUUUGUGCAACCUUAUGACGGAUCAGAGAAGAUGCAGGAAAAAAGUGGCCACUUGUCUUUCUCGUUUGCGUUCUUCGUCCAUGGGGAGAGCACAGUGUGCGCCAGUGUGGACGUGCGCCAACAUCACCCAGUGCGGACGUUGAUUCGAGCACACCUGCAGCAGGCACAGGCUUGUCUACACUCCGGCUCAGGAGUCAGAGUGAUCCUGGCACCAUUUGGUCUGGCUGGCACCCUGACUGGACAGUCCUUCAAGACCCUGGACUUGCAGACCCAGAGACUGAUGGACGACUGGAAACACUUUUACCCGACGCGGGACGUAGCAGACAUGCCUCCCGCUGUUGAAGUUAUUGUCGGUGGUGUUAAGCUGCGGUACCCCUCAUGCUAUGUCCUAGUUUCUGAUAUGGAUGAGACUACAUCUGCCCUCAUCAAUACUCAACCAGGAGGGAUCAAGUCUAACCUACCUUAUAUGGGUCUGACAGUGAGUGUGGUGGGACAGCACCAACAACACCCGGAGUGUAUGGUGCAUGCGUCUACACCAUCCACUGUAUUGCCAGAGAGAGUGUGGCAGGACUCCACCAUCAGUCUGACCUCAGGGCCACCCAGCCCCCCGCCAGACAUGCCACCGACUCCCGCCCACUGGGACUUCCAGGACCCCACCCGCAAGCAGCUAUGCUCCUGCCCAAAGUGUAGGAAGGUGGCUCGUGGUGUCAGAGCUCGAGUGCCGUUCCACCAGCGAGAACCAGAUGACACACUCUGGUAUACAGGAGCGUAUGGCCAGCAUUCGACGCCUCACCACCAGCAGAAUGACUCUCUACCUGUCGCGUCUGUAGGUUCGCCCGCAUCUGUCGCCCCCUCUCCUCUCCCCAACCCCCAGUCACUUCCCCCCGCCAGCGUACCCCCUGCCGACCCUACCAUGCCCACCCUGAGUCCUCAACCUCCCCCUCCUCACCCCUUGGAGGACAAGGUUGUUUGUACGCCGGACGGACACUUCCAUGGACCCAAGAGUGUUUCAUCAAUCAACCAGGUGUUCUCGCCGUACCCAUCUGCCCUGAGUGUGGAAGGAGGCAAGUGUGGAGUGGACAGUGUAGGUGGUUGUGGCCCUGGCAGUGCGCCACCCCCUGUGUCUGCUCCACCUUCAGCCCCUGCACCCCUGCCUGCUCCUGACCCUCCAGCGCCCACGCUCAAGCGACCUGUACUGUCCACUCGAGACUACGAAACCAUCCUACAAGAAGAAGAACAACCAUCACAGCUGCUCUAUGACUAUUCCGCAUUGGAAGCUUGGUUAAACCAUCCAGUGAAGAGAUUCAAGCCAGCUGAGCCGAGGUCUGAGCCCCGAGGUCCCGUGUUCUCUCAGUACUCCACCCCCUCGGUUCCCUCCCCACCACCGCACCAGCUGUACAUCAAGCAGGAGAACAUGCCUUAUUUGCAGAUGGAAGUGGAUGCGACGAGUGGUGGCACGCCGGGCGUGGGACCAUUCAAACGGUCCGAUCCUUACGAGUUUGACGAUGAUGGCAGUGCUCCUAGUAUGGAGGGUUUCAAACGUGCCCCAGGCCAACCUGUUAAGGAGGAAGGAGACAAGAAGAGCAUGGAAGGGACAGUCCUCAACGGCCCCAAGCUACAGUCUGGCAACUUGUUCACCAAAGAGGGUAUUGAGGCCAGCUUCAAUGAUCUUGACCAGAUAUUUGAGAACUCUGACGAUACUUCAAGUGAUGAAGCGGUGCAGAUGCCAACGCCCCCGGGCUCCAACAAGGGUGCAGGGGAUGAGUUUGCAAGCACACUGACAGUGCGACCACCUCGGGGUAGUGGAGGGGUGCGGCCGGAGGAGCUCAGUAAGAUGUUCCCUACCCCUCCCAGCCAUGAGCCAAACCCCAUCUCCUCCCCAUGCGGCCACACGCCAGUUCAUGAACCUCCUGAGUUCUUACCUCUGCCUAGGAUCAAACAGGAACAUCACGCGUACCCCCACUUCGGCAGUCCACAGGAAGAGAUCAUAGAGGACUGGACAUAUGUUUUUCGACCCCCCACCAUGUGGAAGUUUGUAGGAUCGUCCAAGUACGCUCCAUUAACAAACCUCCCCUCUCAGAGUCUACCAUCCAUCUCGUUGCCGUCUCACUGUGUAUACAAGCCUUCGUGGCUUAACCCUCCCUCUCACUUCCAGGAGAAACAAUCAGGGCAUAUGAACAACAUGUUACCGAGUGUAGGAGCAUCGCCAGUUCCCACCUCCAUGCCAGGACGGACAGGCAGCAGUGUUGGACAACUACGGGGGUUGUCUCCGUACCCCGCCAGUCCCAUGUCCUGGAGACCCACCCCUACUCAGCCACCUCCGCCCUACAGUCCACAACCUCCUCCUACCAGGCCAGGCCGACCACCCGAGGCUAACAGUCUGGUGGUCAACAUCCUACUGGGCGACACGGCUCUCAACAUCUUUAGAGACCACAACUUUGACAGUUGCACGCUGUGCGUUUGCAAUGCUGGGCCAAAGUGUGUGGGCAACAUCCGAGGGGCGGACGCCGGAGUGUACCUACAGACGCCUGGUGGCCCAUACUCAGUGUUUUCACCACACCACACGUCACAGGAGGAAGACCCUAUCAGGUGCACCUGCGGCUUCAGUGCGGUGAUCAACCGAAGACUUUCCCACAGGUCGGGACUGUUCCUGGAGGACGAGGUGGAGAUCACGGGAAUGUUGGAGGACCGGGAGGAAACCAACCAUCCGGGACUUGUGGGUGCAGCGCUGGGAGUGAUGGACCUAGUGAGACAACAGUGUGUGGUAGUGCACAGUGCUAGUAACAGUUUGUAUCGUGCGGCGCGGCAACACAGGCCGGCUAGUGCACCUCCUAGCAUCAACCUGCUGGAAUUUAGGGACGGUAAUCAAGUGACCCUGGCCGCGCUGGAACAGGGACGACAGGCGGCACAGGACGGCAAUGUGUCCAUGUGCAAGGUGGAGGAGAUGGCAGCAAGGCACUGCGGCCAGGCAGUGGCUGUACACAGGUGGCCGUACAUGCGAGCGCGAGGUCCCCGCUGCAGUCAGGACAUUGUGCGCAUCAUGCGCUCAUUACAGCCUUUGCUGCAGGACGCUAUACAGAAGAAGUGCACCACUCGACUAUGGGACGCACCGUACACUGUCAGCGGACCUCUCACGUGGCGGCAGUUCCACAGGCUGGCUGGCAGAGGUACGGACGACCGGUGUGAACCUCAGCCGAUUCCCAAGGUAGUAGUGGGACAUGAGAAGGACUGGCUUUCUGUCGCUCCUUACGCCCUACACUAUUGGGAGAAGCUGCUGUUAGAACCUUACUCUUACGCUAGAGACAUCGCCUAUGUCGUCGUAGCGCCAGAUAACGACCACAUACUCUCCUCCGUCAGAAACUUCUUCCGGGAACUUAGUUCCACAUAUGAGAUGUGCCGACUAGGCAGGCAUUGUCCAAUCACUAAGGUCUUGAGGGAUGGAAUACUGAGGGUAGGCAACAAGGCAGCCAUCAAACUGGCAAAAGAGCCUGUAGAUGAGUGGUUUACCAUGCUAGGGGACAACUCCACCACCAACAUGCUCAAACUGUAUGCUCAAGUGUGCAGGCAUCACCUAGCGCCCCAUCUGUCACAAGUUCCUAUGGACCGGACACUGUUAGACCCUCCGGAGGGUAACUCUCCUCCAAGACCUACCCCCACCCCAUCUCCCAUGCCUCCCCCCUCCACCCCUGACAACUCUGACAAGCAGCCCUCCACUCCCAAGUCUUCUGAUCAAGAGGACAGUGGGCGGGGGGAGUCAGGCAGUAGUGGAGGAGAGCUGGGUGGGGGAGAGGAGGACAGUGGGGAGCCGCCAGCUAUAGUAGUGUACCUGGUCGAGCCCUUUACCAUGGGCAGUGACUCUACAGAGCUACAGAGGUUUGCAUGUCUAGGACUACUCAGAUGUUCAAACACAGUCCAGUCUGCACUGCCUGACAACAUACGGGCCAACAUCACGUUCCAGAUAAUCUCGCUGGAGAGCAUACUGGAGCUGGGUCGCAGUGGUGAUCGCAAGAGACGCAGUGAUCACAUGCGAGCGACCGCAUUGUCAGUGUUCUCACAAUGCAGGAGACAGUUGCAGCACCAAACCAACCAGGUCAAGGCACUCACUGGCUUCGGCACGGCAGCUUGCACUGACCUCUUCCUCAAAACCAAAGAUGAAAAGAACAGGCAAGCAUACAAGGUGUACACACCACCGUACGUGCUGGCCAAGUCCCGUGGCCAGGUGGGUGGUGGAGGGGACGGUGGGGAGGGUGUCUUGGGCUCUGAACAGCUGUGCUCUGUACUCUACGUCAGCUACUGUCUCAGCGAAGACCAAAGGUUCCUUCUGGCAUCAGCCACAGAUGAGCAAGGCCACCUACUAGAGACUGCUACCAUUAAUGUGCACAUACCCAACAGGAGCAGGAGAAGAAAAGCAUCAGCUCGGCGGAUAGGUCUCCAGAAGUUGAUGGACUUUAUCCUGGGUGUGAUGUCGCAAGGUGUGACUCCGUGGAGACUAGUCAUUGGCAGAGUUGGCAGGAUAGGCCAUGGAGAACUGAAAGGUUGGAGCUGGCUGUUGUCGCGUAAGUCACUACUCAAGGCCAGCAAGCACCUGAAGGAGAUCUGUGGCCAGUGCUCACUGUCGUAUCCUCACGACGUACCAUGUAUUUUGUCUGCGUGUUUGGUGUCGCUAGAGCCGGACUCUUGUCUGCGGCUGAUGCCUGACCAAUUCACACCAGAUGAGAGGUUCAGUCAACAGAGUGUCAAGUGUCAAUUGUCCACACCACAGGACGUCACCUGCACUCACAUACUGGUCUUUCCCACUUCCGCCACCACCCAGUCGUCGCAAACCGCAUUCCAUGAACAGCAGAUUAAUGGACCAGACCUAGGAGAUGACGAGCUGUUCUCAGCCCUUCACGAUGACAUGCCUGAGGGGAUGGGUGAUUUUAAUGACAUCUUCAGUACAUGGCCUGAGACGGAGGCAGAUGCCGGGGGUGGUCGUAGUCCUGGCGGGGGACGUGGCGGGGACAGUAGCCAGGCUGGCAGUCCCAGCUGUAUGACAGGGCCUGAUGACCAUCACAGCCCCUACCCCUGCAAUGGACCCUCCAGGAGUGGGGAAGUAAGUGAGGAGGUGGGUACCCUGCUACAACAGCCCCUGGCGUUGGGUUACCUGGUGUCUACAGCACCUACUGGCCGCAUGCCUCGCUGGUUCUGGACAGCUGCGCCUCACUUGGAGACUGCCUGUCCUACCUUCCUCAAGAAUGCUCUACACCUACACAGCACUGCAAUACAUCAGAGCAGUGAGGAAUUACUGCAGCAACAGACCAAUGUGGCGGGACAUCCCCUAGACAGCCAGUACACCACCGACGUGCUCAGGUAUGUCCUGGAAGGAUACAACUCUUUGUCUUGGCUGGCUCUAGACUCCAACACUCAUGAUCGACUGUCUUGUCUACCAGUACACAUGCAGAUCCUCAUGCAGCUCUACCACAUGACCUCCGCCCUCGUUUGACCUUCCCUACAUUAGGCUCCCAGUUGUACAUAACUUAUUUAUGUUGUAAAGUCAUCCUUUUUUUGUUAGAUUGUAAUAUAUUUUAUUUAUUGUACCGGCGGUACUGUAAGACAGUUAUAGUAAUCGGUUCCUGUUCGGUCCCCUAAGUUCCGACUAGUGCAAUAUUAACAGGUGUCCUCCGUACGCCGGGUUAGAUUUAUUUAUUUAUGAGGUUACGAGGCCGAACGACCGACUGUUUUCCCAAGUCCUGACGUACGAAGGAGAUCGCAUUGCCUAUCUUACUGCCUGUCAAUUACUCUAUUAGGUCCUAUGAUAAACUUUUUAUACAAUUUUAAACGUAAGCGAUAGAAUUUAUUUUAAUAGGUAAUUUAUUAUAUUAGCUUAACGGAAGUUUUGUUACUGAGAUUUCUGUUGCUGUUUGUAUUUUAAGAAACGGAAGUUUAUUCAAUUGGAUUUCAAUUGUAUAAUGGAUCUUAGAUCAGAUUUUUUUUAAACAGCAAUAUUGUAUGUCAAAUUUUGAAACCGGUACCUACGUUUUAGAAUGUAGUUUAGAAGAGAAGGUUGUAGCAGAUCUGACAGAAGAUUGUGAUAAGAACUAUAUUUCAUGUUAUUCUGUUUAAUUUUUAGUUGUCGAAGAACAUUAAAUUUGUUUAGUUUUGCCAAGCGAUAGGCUAUAGAAAAUUUUAUGUUUUGUUAAACAAUUUUUGUUUUAUUUUUAAUUGUUGAAUGUAUUUCUUUUUUUAUUUUGGUAUUUGAUUAUUUUAACUUAUAUAUUACAGUGAGAUAUAGCUGUGGUUGAGCAGAUCAGUAUUAUAGCGUAACCGUAGCGUACGUUUAUACAUAAUAAAGGAAUGUUAAACAAUUAUGGUAUCAAAUUCUUUUUCAAGAGUUUUAGUGUUGGACUUUUUAGACUUAUGACAAAGUAAAUUUGGCAAAGAAACUGGCUCUGUAAGUCUCAAUGUCUUUUGUAAAUAUUAUAAAUACUUGUUUAUUAUAUUUUUUGAUUAAAGAGUUUUAUUGCAUAAAUAUCUACCAAAGCAGUGUUUUAUUGAAUUUAGGCCUGUUUAGUCAUUGGUUACAUAUUGUAAUAUCUGUUUUACAUUCUAUACCUGGGUUAUAAAGUUAAACAUUUAACUAUUUGAGGGGAAAAAAUGGUUAAUAGCUUUUAUAAUUUUGUUUAAGUUAGUUUAGCAUUUAGAUCCAAAUUUUCUCUUAAAUUAAUAAAAACAAUCAAUUGUACUGAAUAAUUAAAAUUGUUUCCACUACAUUUUAAUUUUUAAUUCCUCUUUGGCAUACCUGAUCAUGGUUCAGACAAAAAUUUCACUGUGUUGCCAAUUGACUGUUCAAAAACUUAAUUUUCCCAUUAUUCAGUUUUAGUCAUAUUUAGAUAGAAACUAAUUUUAGUUAGGAGAAGAAAACCAGUUUGGCUGAGCUGAUAUUAACAUUUUUUACAUAACAACAUUUUGUAUUAUAAAACAAAUAAGUAGGCUACCAUAAGAGAUAUAUUUUAUUUUUAUUAGUUGCUUUAAAUUACUAUAAACACUCGUAAUUGACGUUUUCAUAAAGUUAUUCCUUAUUAACUCAGGUUGAUCCAUUCUUCUAACAGUAACCAAGCACCAAAAAACACACCAAUAUAUUUUUUAAUUUAUAUGUAGAUAUUGUGUAUGUAAAAGACACAUUAAAUAAUAUGUUAAACCUUGUGUCAUAAAUUUGUUUUUGAUGGUUUUAUUUGUUAAAGUUUAUUGAACAAGUCUUUAUUAUCUCAAAGGAAUGGAUGUUAAUAUUGUAAAUACCGAUUAUGUAGGCCUUUUAAUGUUAAGUGUUAAUCCUGAUACGUUGAUGUUGUUAAACUGAUUCGUUACUUUGCGGAAAGUCACCUGUAAAUGGAACUAUGGCAAAUACAAUAUUGGUUCUAGCGAAACAUUAUAUUUCUUUACUGGAGAAGUACAAACAAAGAAAUUUAGGAAAGGAAACUAAUUUACAUGUUAUUAGUAGCAUAAGUAAUAAUAAUCCUUAGUCUGGGCCUAAACGAGAGGCCUACUAACUGAUAUUGUUAUUUAAUGUUAUAAUUUAAGCAAUAUAAUAAAUGUCUAAGCCUAAUUUGUUGUGAACUGAUGUCUUCUGAGAGGUUGUUUUAAUCAUUCAAUUUAGAUUCUUCUUCCAUUAUUUUAAAUGCCAAUUGUAAAAUCAAGUUGUAAUCGUUUAUGGGCACAUGUAUUUCUUAAAAAGCUACCUGUACCGUGAGAUUGUGGCGAUUGUAAACAGAUUGAGUCCAGAUAUAACAAUCGAAAAUUACCGAAGCCUUGUAUAUUUAAAGACAAAGUGUUCACAGCCGAAUCGAUACUGCCAUUUCCGGAGGUAACGCGACGCUUUAGUCUGCUACAGUUUCAUUGUCGGGAGUUGGGAUCUAGCUAGUCUAGCAGCCAAACAGCUUUCUGUCAGGGCUUAAAUCUUUCUUUAUUGUUUAUUUUGUACAUAUUUGUAAAUAGUUCUGGAUCCUCUUGUAGCGCUAAACCAAAGUGGAAUUGAAGGGAAACAAACCGAUUAUCUGUGUAUAGUAAGUUAUAGGUUAGGGGACAAUUCCACUAGUUCGUCCCCGUUUUUUAUUAUAUAAAGAGUAUAUAUAUAUCGUAUAAAAUUUACAAUCAUUAUCGGUAGAUUCCUUGUGUUAUUUAUUUUUGUAGAAAGGACUCGAGUGUUGUAAAUAUUGUUAACGGGGGCCAGAAACAUAUCGGCUCCGUACAGUUAGUACAAACAUGACAUCGUUCUGUGUUGUACAUUUUUGUAUGUCUCUUAGCCUAGGCGUUGUUAGCAAAUUUGUAGAUCGGGGUUAUCAUAAGUAAAUAAUGUUAUCGAUUAAUAUUUAAAGGGAAAUGAUUUUGAACAAUUAUGAGCUGUUUUUGUCUGUAAAUUAUCCAUAAUAUAUAAAUAUAUAUAUUAUUUAAAUAAAUAUUUCUAAAAUGGUCGUUUUUGUGUAUGUACAGCAAGUAUUUUGAAAUUAGAAUAUGAUAUUUGAAUUAUA